AUGGGUCAGCUUCCUGAAGUCAGAUUAAAGCCAUCUCGACCGUUUCAAUCAGCAGGUGUUGACUUUACGGGAUACAUAAAUAUACGGAUGUCUUCCGGUCGAGGAGCCACAGCAUAUAAAGGAUAUAUAUGUGUCUUCGUAUGUAUGAUAUCUAAAGCUGUGCACUUGGAAGCCGUUUCGGACUUAACAGCUAAGGGCUUUAUCGCAGCCUUUCGCCGUUUCGUGUCUCGUCGCGGUCACUGUACAGACUUAUAUAGUGAUAACGGUUCCAAUUUCGUAGGCGCCGAUAAAGAGUUGCGUGAAAUGCUGAAUAGUGUCAAGUCUAAGCUACCCAAUGAAAUUAACAAACUGCUAGCUAUUGAAGGAACAACGUGGCACUUCAUACCUCCACACUCUCCCAAUUUCGGAGGCCUGUGGGAAGCAGGAGUUCGAUGCAUGAAGUCACAUCUAAAACGAGUGAUAGGUGAUUCAAAGCUAACCUUCGAAGAACUUUCUACAGUUCUAGCACAAAUCGAGGCAUGCUUAAAUUCACGUCCACUUUCCUAUAUAAGUGACAAUCCUGAGGAUCCAUUACCACUAACCCCAGGCCACUUUUUAGUGGGUGAGCCCUUGAUAGUAAUACCAGAAGAAAAUUACUCAAAUAUACCGCUAAACAGACUACAAAGAUAG